GUCGUUUCUCUCCAAGACGAAUGUCAAGGCCAUCGUCACAAUGAGGGCUCACUCUCUUCUUCGGACUCAAGUUCGCUCCCUCACCAGGGUUUCUAGAGCUUCAACUGGACUCCAAUGUGACCUCUAUCGACGAUGCGCUACAACUACUCCUCUCCGAACCUUCACCACAGCUUCCCUACCCAGAGUCCCAGUGACAGGGCGGUGGCAGCAGGUCCGAUAUGCCUCUACGGCGGCUUCUGUGUUGGAACGUGCCGCGGCAGACCCAGCUACACUCACUCAAUCUGCCAUCAUUGAAAAUAUGGACGAAGCAGAAAUGAAACGGUUGUCGAAAGUCCGAAAUAUUGGAAUUGCGGCGCAUAUCGACAGCGGUAAAACAACCUCGACAGAGCGAAUUCUUUUCUAUACCGGGCGUAUUGGAGAAAUUCACGAAGUCCGCGGGCGGGAUUCCGUCGGUGCUAAAAUGGACUCGAUGGACCUGGAGCGUGAGAAAGGAAUCACAAUUCAGUCCGCAGCUACCUUUUGCGACUGGGUCAAGAAAGAAAACGGAAAAGAAGAAAAAUAUCAUAUCAACUUGAUUGAUACACCUGGCCAUAUUGAUUUCACUAUCGAGGUUGAGAGAGCCUUGCGUGUUUUGGAUGGCGCAGUUUUAAUUGCCUGUGCAGUCUCUGGUGUUCAGUCGCAGACUAUGACCGUCGACCGACAAAUGAGACGCUACAAUGUUCCGCGCAUUUCUUUCGUCAAUAAAAUGGACAGAAUGGGUGCCAAUCCUUUCAGGACGAUUGAACAAAUUAACCAGAAGCUGAAGAUCGCUGCUGCGGCCGUUCAAGUGCCAAUUGGCGCUGAGGAUGAAUUCGAGGGUGUAGUGGAUUUGAUUCGCAUGAAGGCUAUCUAUAACGAGGGCUCCAAGGGUGAAAUUGUUGUAGAAAAGGAUGAAAUUCCAGAGAAAGUAAAGGCCAUCGCGGAAGAGCGGAGGAGAAUGCUUAUCGAAACUCUGGCUGAUGUGGAUGAUGAAAUUGCCGAGCUUUUCCUUGACGAGAAAGAACCCACUCAAGAGCAGAUCAAGGCUGCAAUUCGACGUUCCACAAUUGCCCUGAAAUUUACGCCUGUCUUCAUGGGAUCGGCUCUCGCAGACAAGUCCAUUCAACCCAUGCUGGAUGGGGUUUGCGAUUAUCUCCCGAACCCUUCUGAAAUUGAGAAUCUCGCCCUCGACCAAAAGAGAGAGGAAGCCCCUGUGAAGCUCGUCUCUUAUAGAUCUCUUCCAUUCGUUGGUCUUGCCUUCAAGCUCGAGGAGAGCAACUAUGGCCAACUUACAUAUAUUCGUGUGUACCAAGGUACACUUCGCAAGGGUUCCAAUGUCUUCAAUGCUAGAAGCGGCAAGAGGAUCAAGGUCCCGCGAAUCGUACGCAUGCAUUCAAAUGAGAUGGAGGAUGUUGAUGAGAUCCCGGCCGGUGAGAUUUGCGCUGUGUUUGGCGUUGACUGUGCGUCCGGAGAUAGCUUUACCGAUGGCCAGCUUGCCUACAGCAUGAGUUCCAUGUUCGUACCGGAACCCGUCAUUUCUUUGUCAAUCCGGCCCAAGAACUCGAAAGACUCAGCCAACUUCUCCAAAGGUAUCAACCGGUUCCAGCGCGAGGACCCCACCUUCCGUGUUCACUUUGACGAGGAGAGCGAGGAGACUAUUAUCUCUGGUAUGGGUGAAUUGCAUCUGGAGGUUUAUGUCGAGCGUCUGCGCAGAGAGUACCGCGUCGACUGUGUGACGGGUAAACCACAAGUCGCCUAUCGCGAGACAAUCGGCGACAAGACUGAAUUCGACCACUUGCUCAAGAAACAAACCGGCGGUCCUGGAGACUUUGCCGGAGUUGUGGGUUGGCUGGAGCCGACUGGAAGCCUGGAGCAAAAUAAAUUUGAGCAGAGAAUUGUCGGUGGUGCUAUUUCCGAGAAGUACAUUUACGCUUGCGAGAAAGGUUUCGAUCUCGCCUGUGAGAAGGGUCCUUUGACUGGACAUAAGGUCCUUGGAACCCAAAUGGUCAUCGUCGACGGCUCCACUCACGUUACUGAUUCCUCUGAAAUGGCCUUCAAGAUCGCCACUCAGCAAGCUUUCCGAAAGGCUUUCAAGGAAAGCAAGCCCCAGGUUCUCGAGCCGAUGAUGAAGACUGUUAUCACAGCGCCAGUUGAAUUCCAGGGCGAUAUCAUUUCGCUGCUGAAUAAACGCAAUGCCGUUAUCAAUGAUACUGACAUUGGCGUUGAUGAAUUUACGGUAUUUGCCGACUGCAGUUUGAACGGUAUGUUCGGCUUCAGUACCCAUCUUAGAGCUGCUACGCAAGGAAAGGGAGAGUAUACCAUGGAAUUCAGCCAUUACGAAAGGGCUCCAGGUCAACUACAAAAACAACUCAUUGCCGAAUACGAUGAAGCUCAGGCGGCGAGACACAAGAAAUAAAAAGCCUGCAACCUUUCCAUUCACACUCACCUUUCGACAAAUGCUCCACUAGCAUUGGCAGUCAACAUGGUGCCCCUUACCUACCGUCUCUUCACAGAACCGCAUGCAUUCUCAUGCACCAUGCUCGCACAUACCUGUCAUUUGAGCAACUUCACUACUUUCUCGAUAGAUCUGCAUUAGCAUCUUUCCACUAUAGAGCCCCGUCACAGACCGCUGUACUACUAUUACUACCACUACUACUACUAAUGUGAACUCACCUUCUCAUUCCUAUCUUGAUCAUGUAACAAAAGGGGGAAAAUAUUAUGGGUAAAGUUUUUCAUUUCGCGCAGGAGGGUGAUUUUUUUCAUGGCUCCCUUCUUGGGUUGUUGGGGUUUGGGUUGUCUGCGUCCAAAUAUUUAAACUCACAACGCAAUUCAUUGUAGAGAUUUCUUCAUUUUUUUUAGGUUGACUUCAUGACAAUCAGUUUUGUUUUAUUAUUGUUGGUAGCUUUUGUGAACGGGGAGUAUAGAUUUGGCUUUCGUUCUCGGCUUUUACUAUUUUAUGCCUUCCUUUGCUUGGGAGAGGAAUUAUACAACUAUGUAUCGAGAGUAAAAGUUACAUUAGGCAUAGAAUGAACGACUUGAAAUGGAAGGUCUAUGUACGGAAACUAAAGCUAUGUACUCUGUCUGUACACGGGCAACAAAUAUCACAACCACAUGUCUAG